GGGUGACUGGCAGACCCGGCUGUGGCGAUCCGAAGUCGCGGAUUCGGCACGCCGCGGUUUACCGAUCGUAAUAUGGCGUACAAGUUUCGCGAGGAGAUCGUGGGAAAGAGGUUUCUCUCGGUGAGUGGUUUCACCAAGCCGAAGGUGAAUAAGAUUAGUGAGUGGGGUUGGCGUGCGGGGGUGAUACGUGCUGCCAGUCACAGGGAUAAUGGCUGUCAUGAUCUUCAGAUCCUCGUAGAAUACGACGACGUGGAGUGGCAAAGGAGAGAGUGGCUGUCGCCUCACAGGGAUGCCGUGUUCUCCUUCUUUCUCAUCGAACGAGGUCUCUACUGGGCCGAACGACCCGACCCCAGGCACGCCAGUCUCAUCCCUAUCGAUCAUCACAAUCACGCGAACAAUAACCACCAUCAGCAUCGCAUUAACGGGAAACCGCUCAGGGGCGCCACGGCGGUCGCCGACACUGUUGCUUGGCCGGCUCUCACUUUCUAUCCGCUCGUGGCACGCGCGGAGUUGCACGAGGACGCCAUGCCGAUCGAGUUUAUGCAGGACCGCAAACUGGACUUCGUCGAUUACUCGAAGCUGAAACCGUUCACCCAGGACUGGGAGCUGACUAAGGGCACGAUGCCCUGGGGAAACGCCGUUAGGAGAUGGGCCGAGAUGCAGGACGGCCAGAGAAUCCUGCUGACUACGCCCAGCGUCCUGGUCGGUUUCAGGGUCGAAGUUUAUCGGGCGGAAGGCACCACACAAUGGUACACAGCCGUGAUCGUCGGUUACAACGAGUCCACCAAGGACCUGACUGUCACCGACGACACGGUCCUCGAAGAUCACAACGAGGAUCCCACCUUAGUACAAAUGCGGCUUAUCGGCGAUGGAGUCGUCGAGAGCAUCAUGAGGGGCGAGGUCGUCGGCAUGACACCGAGGAGGUCGAGGUCAUCGACUGCUCUGACGCACGCGCUCGUUGUGCCCCGACCCGGAAGGAGGCCACGAAGACGACCGGGAAACGCGGCGCAGUUGCAGACGACUCCGAGGGUGCAGAGUCCGAUACCGCAGCAUCUCGAGAAAGAGAGGAACAACGCCCGCAACAAUCGACGCAGACGCGUGAGCGAGGGUGCCAGUCGCGAGAAGGAUUCAGAAGCGGCGUUACCCGCGCGACAGCAAGAGGACCGAGAGAACAAGGGCCCACCGUCGGGUAGAGUGGGCAAUCGCGUGGCGCGGCCGGUGCUGGAAGAGGCGAACAGCGCGUCGGGAAGCGCUUCGAAGUUACGAAGACGCGGCGCGGCGGUAAAGAGCCCGACGACCCACGGUCCACCGGCGCCGCAGCAAAGACCAGCGCGAAGAAGACCAAGGCCGGGAGGAGGCGGCCAGGAGGUCAAGACAGACGCGGGGGAGCUCGCCGGUACCGCGAGAACCGCCGACAAGGACGAGCGUCUCGGUAGCAGGUCGGAGGAAGAGGAGGAGGAGGAGGAAGAAGGACGUCUCGAGGGAGAGGAUGAGGAGAGGAGCCGCUGCGAUCCACUGACUAAGCGGCUGAGAACAAGCCCCGUCGGCAGAAAGCUUCGCUCUGAGAGCAGUAAGGGCAAAAACGCGGAGGAAGCCUCGCCGGAUCGAGAGGUAGUGCUGGAGGAAGAGGAGGAGGAGGACGAGGAAGAAGCCGAGGAGGAGGCGGGGGAGGGAAAACACGACGGGACCGAGCGAGAGGUCGACAAACUCGAGGAAGACGAGGAAAGUCAAUCGAGAGAAAGGGACAGAGAACCCGAGCCGCCACCUCCAGACAAAGUAGAUCCCGGAGGCGGUUCCAAGGAGCAACCAGGUAGCAGGUCGGAAUCGGAAAAAGACUCUCGCGAACGGGAGGCUAACGAAAGCCAGCAGCCUCAGCCGCAGUUACUCGUGAAUGGAUUGCACGUCGACCCGCCGGUGGUCAGCGACAAGACGAAUGCCAUCCGCGAAGGUAGCCCGUCGUUGCUGAAGUCGACCGCUCGAUCGAAGACAAGGGCACUCGCGGAGGAGGAAGAGUGCGACGAGAACGAGGAGGAAGAGGAGGUGGGCUCGCGCCGAACCGAGCUGACCACCACCGAGUUAGGCACGGAGGAUAGCGUGGGUAGCGUCGGCGGCGUGAGGGCGGCCAGCGUCGAAUCGGUCGUCGAGCUGCUGGAGUCGAGCAGUCAGGACUCAGGCUCCGUGCUGGAGAGGCUGAGUCCGCUUAGUAGCAGCGGCGGCGGCGGCCCUGGCAGGCAGAGCCUGCUCCUGGAGCAGCAGCGGGAGCAGGAGCGCAAUCGGCACAACGAAAGCCCGGUCAUCCUAGCCGAGAGACUGAACAAGCCGCCACCGCCGAUCGCCGGUCACCAUCACCACCAUCAUCUGCAACCGUACCAUCAGCCUCACCACCAGCAGCAGCAGCAACCCCAGUCGUACCAACACCACCACCAUCAGCAACAGCAGCACCACCAACAACGCUACUCCGCCGACAGUCCGGUGAUCCAUCAUCACCAUCACCAGCAGCAACCGCCGCAGCAACAGCCGCAGCAUCACCACCAUCAGCUAACGAGCAGCCCGCACCAUCACCAUCCCCACCUGACCCCGUCGAGCCUCCUCGAGGUGCAACAGCAGUCUCACACAUCGAGGGGCGGCGAUGAGGCCGGCCUCAUGGAGGUGGAGGCCGGGGCCGGCAUACCUGGAGCGGGUGUCCUCGCCAGUGUGCCAUCGGUGGUCGGCGGCAUACGGGCAACGUCGGGUGGCAGCGGCGUCGCCUACGGCGACACCGGCUCCGACAGCGGGGUAAGCUCCCUGAGGAGCGCCGGCUCGGGCGACGAGAGGAGCGGCAGCAGGAGUUCCGCUCUGAGCGUCGAGGAGACCACCUCGUCCUCCGCGCCGACAGCGGUGGCCGCCGCCGCCACGCCUGCCAGGGUCUGGCACGUGCAGAGCGUGCAGCACACGUCGCUCCUGAUGGCGCACCCGUCCCAAGGUGGUGCGCCGAACCCCACCGCGGCCGCCGCCGCGACCGCGCCGCCGGUCGGCUAUCAGAGUCCCGCGCCACCGGGUCAUCACGUCUCGUCGGAGAUGCUGUGGAGGCCGUCCAGGUAUCCGCCGCUGUCUCACGCCCUCUUGGGACCGCAACCGCCCAGCCCGGAGGAGUUGCUCGAGAGGGACCGUCACGAGAGGAUGCUCCGGGAACGCCGCGAGGCGGAAGUGCGCGAGCGCGAGCGAGAGGCGAAGAUGGAACGUGAGAGGCUCGAGAAGCAGAGGGCGGCCGAGCAAGCGGUUCACAAGCACUUCGAGGAGUCGCUCAGCAGGCUGGCACAACAGAAGAUAUCUUAUGCUCCACAGAGGGGUAGCUCUCUGUCGUGGAACACCUUCAUUCCGUUGCCGCCCACCGGUAGAAGCCACGGGGCGCCGCACUCGGGGAUGACCGCUCCGCACGCCGGCCACCACCAUCCCGGCGGUCCGGGCGCGACCGCAGCCGCCGCGGCAGUCGCUCACCCCGUGACCGUGGCGCAGCAGCAGCAACGGGAGCGCGAGGAACGGGAGCGGGAACGCGAGUGGGAGCAACGGGAGAAUGAGCACCAACUGGCGACGGCGGUGAGGCUGCACCUCCGGCAGGAGUCCAGGGGUCACGUCGCCGCUCAGCAAGGGGCCGCUUAUUUCGCGGCCACGGCGCCGCCGUCUCAACAGGUAUCCCGGCCCUCGAGCGUGCCCGGAAAAGUCGACUAUCACCCACCACCGGCGCACUCGCGAACGUCGAAGUCGUCCUUACCCUCGGUCAGCACCCUGCACGACAAGGCGCCGCCGGUGGUGGGGCCGUCGCACAGCUCGCUGCCGAAAGCCGAGCCGAACAUAAACAUAUUCAAUUACACGUAUUCGCCGACGUACAUGCACGAUAUGAAGGUGAAGAGCGAGCUGGGCCAGCCGCACAAGUCGCUGCCGGGCAAGAGCGGACUGGCCGGCGGCCUCGAGAGGGACCACCACGGCAGAGAGGUGCUGAACCCGCCGUCUCUGCUGCCGGACCACAAGAGCUCGGUGAUCGUGAAGAACGAGGGACGGGAGUUGCCGAAGGCACCGGCGCCGCAGCAGCAGCACUCGUCCAGUCCGAAAAUGAUGUCUUACCUGAACGUCCAGCCGGUGGCGCCGCAGCACAAGUCGUCCGCUUACGAGUACAAGAGCCCGACGCAGAGCCCGCACCAUCUGCACCACCUCGACGGGCUGCAGGCGGCGGCGAAGAGCAUACCGCCGCCGGCGAGCCAUCACCGCGGCGGCGGUGGCGCCGUGCCGACGACAACGACGCAACUGCCGAGUCCGCAUGGGCACCCGCCGCCACCGCCGCCGGCGCCUGCGCCGCACUCGCACAACCGUCAGUCUCCGCACGGCCAGCAACACCCGCACGCUCAACCGCCGUUGCCGCCGCAUCCCUCGCCGCCGGAGCCGCGCUACCUGAACAGGUCGGAGCAACAGGGUAUACCGUCGUACGCCCCGACCAAGUCCGCGUACCCGUAUCCGCAUCCGCAUCCGCCCACGGCCUCGCCGACGUCGCACUACGCCGCGCCGACGACCGGUUCCAAGCCGAAGGUCAGCAGCCCGGCGCCGCAGCAUUUCUACGGGAAGCCGAACUCCGGCAUCAUGACCGGCACACCGGUGUGCCGGGCGUCCGAGCCCGCCGUCGCCGCGCCGAUACCGUUGACCUCGAAGGCUGGCAGCUCGCCUUACCAGCAAGUGCCUCACCAUCACGGGGCGCCGCCGUCGCAUCUGCCGCCACCUGCGCACAGCCGUUCCGUCUUCGAGAGCCGGAGUGCGUUCGCCAGCUCGAUGCCAGCCGGGAAACUGCCGCCGUCGUUGCACGGUUCACCGCCCACGGCCGCUUCGGCGCCGAGGCCGAUCGUUCAUCCCGUUCAUCGCACCAUCAGCCCGCAUCAGCAGCCCAGCCAGACGAUGCAGCACGUGCAGCCGCAGAUCAACACGGCCUUUCAGACGCAACCGCUCGACCUCGGGGUCGAGAGGUCCGGCUCGCCCAAGAGGAAAGCGCCGACGCCGUUGCUGUGCGACAACAACGCCGCCGGUCAGCCGGUGGCUCUGGAGGUGUCGAAGAAACGCCGCACCGAGGAGCCGCAGCCGUUGUCCCUGCAGUGCGUCGGACCGCCGAUGCUCUCCAGGGUGAGCGAGCCCAGUCCGCUGAUCGCCUCGGCCGCCACCUCGAUCACCACCGUCGUCAACACCGCGGCGUUGCUCGCCCAGCCGAACAGCCAGGAGCGUACGGUGACGGCGGCGGUGAGCCCCGCGCCGAGGACCUCCAGCGGCGACGGCUCGGUGCGGCCCGCCAGCGCCGGCAGCGUCUGCUCGCUCAACCCCGCGCCGGUGAGCGCGGUGCCCAGUCCGGCGCCCAUACCGAGUCCCGCGCCCUCCACGGCGCCCAGUCCGGCGCCCAGCGCGCCUGGCACCCCCGCCAAAGUCAACAACGUCAGCACCAGCGCCGCGGACAGCGAGAAGUCCAAUAGCCCGGCGCCGAGACCGCCCAGCAGCACCAGCUACCCGGUGCACAAGCUGAAGAAGGCGUGGUUGCAGAGGCACUCUGGCGAGGACGGCACCGAGGACACCACCGGCAUCGUCGGCAGCGGUUCCUGCCUCACCUUGCCUCUUAACAUCUCCCAGGUGCCGUCGCAGCCGUUGAACAGCAAGGAGCACCGCGAGACCGCCAGCGGCGCCUCCAACACGGCCAAUAACGCGCCGACGAGCACGUGCCUGCCCAGCGCGGUCAACUCGAUUCACAAUAUCGGCAGUAUGGCGGUGAACAGCAUCAACAAGAGCAAAGUAACCGGCAAGAGCGGCCGGAAACCGGCGAACAAGGAAUCCCUGAACGGCCAUGCCACGGACACCAAGACUCCGCAGGAGGACUCGUCCAGCAGCGACCCGGAGAGGAAGUCGCCGCCCAAGCGGAAGCCACCCAAGGUAAAACGAAAGAAGGGCGCCGCACGGAGGCAACAAACAGCCGCGGAAGAUCAGCGGAGGCGGAAAGAGGACAAGCAGGGUGGCGGAGCUGGUGCGGGCAGCGAGUCCAGCAAUGAGAGCGAGGCAGGCUCUGCCAGUGACACUAGCGAGCAGCUGAGCUCGAUUCAACCUACGUCGAGGGUGCGACACACCACGGCCAAUUCCAACAAUUCCUCGGGAAACGGAAAUAACAAGGAGCCUAGGAAACGCGGUAGGAGACCAAAGACUACGAAAGGCAACGAGGUUGGGGGGGAGGACCAACAGCCCCGUCAGAAGAAGGAACGCAGGGACGACAGCGCGGGCGGCGGCAACAGUGGCCCGGGCGGGAGCGGCGGGCGAGGCGAUCCCUUUCGCAAACCACCGAUAUCGCAACUGAAGAAAACCGGCGAGAGCUGGCUACAGGACGGCGCUUGCUUCGAGGUGGCGCCGAAGUUGGCGAAAUGCCGCGAGUGCCGGUGGACGCCGCACCAGCGCUCCAAGAAUUUGCCGCAGAAUAUCUUCUGCAGAUUCUACGCGUUUCGCCGACUGCGCUACACCAAAAACGGACAACUGGCCAUAGCGGGAUUCAGCGACCCACACAAGGACGCAUCCGAGGAAGAUCUUCGAUUAUGGUUACCAGGAAAGGAUAACCAGGAGUCAACGGGGAAAGACGAGAAAUCGGAGAAGAGCGAGAAAGACAAAGGAGAUCGGGAAGACUUAGACUUGGAGACGGCUCAUCGGCUUCUUCGGCAGGUUGGCGAUCAAUUCUGUGAUCUUUUACAUCAGGAGAAAGACGCGCUCCAAGAACACAUGGCUGAAGCGAGUUCGGGGGUUAUAGACGGAACGGUAGCGUGGAAACGAGUGAUCCAAGGUGUCCGAGAAAUGUGCGACGUAUGUGAGACUACGCUGUUCAACUAUCACUGGGCUUGCGGCAAAUGUGGUUUCGUCGUCUGCAUCGAUUGUUACAAGGGACGCAAGAACGGAACGAUCAAGAUCUGGGGCGACUGCGGCAAAGACCGGGACGACUUCUCGUGGCUGCUGUGCACAAACAGACAGGCCCACGAGCCGGAACGGUUGAUGCUGACGCAGAUCAUCGCCGGCGACAGUCUGCUGCGGCUCGGCCAACGUUUGCACGAGUGUCGCGCGGAAUGGGGGAUCGCGCAGCACUGCGCCUGCACGCUCGCGAUGCCCUCGCAGCCGAACGAGGUACUCCGGAACCUGAUCAAGGGCGACUCCGUGCCGGUGCUCAACGGAAACGUCAAGCAGGAGAUGAAGGAAGAGAAGAAGCUGAACGAGUCUAACGGCGCGUCGUCGGAGGGCAAGACCAACGGCGAGGACAAGAACUCGCCGCUGAACUGGCUGGCCGACGUGGCGCUGCAGAAUCAGGACAAGAACGAGAGCGGCUCGGACUCGGACUCGGACGAGGAUCGCGAAGAGGGCUUCUCGACGUUGCGGGAGCUGCUCGUCGGCUCGUCGUACAAAUCGUCGAACGGCAACGGGUCCAGGUCGAAUUCGCCCACGAACAACGCGAGCGGCGUGAACGCCACUGCCGCCGGCAACAACGUCGCCAAGUCCGGCAAGAAGUCCAAGAUGGACACGCUCGACGAGGUGAUAUCCAGCGUGAUCGAGCACAGUGUGAAGAAAGAGCGGGACAGCGGCUUGGACGACGAGAAGCCGCGGGAGUUGAAGCAUUUCGUGCGACGUUAUAAGUGGACGCAGCGGGGCCGCGAGCCGUUGCCCAUCAGGAUCAUGACCCUGACCGAGAGCAAGAGCCUGUACCCGGACGUGCCGCACUCGUGGCUCUGCGACGGCAAGCUGCUGAGGCUGAACGACCCGAACAAUCCCAACAACUACCGGAUAUUUCAGGAUCAGUGGAAGCGCGGCCAGCCGGUGAUCGUCUCGGACGUCUCCAAGGCGCUGGACAUGAGCCUGUGGCACCCGGACUCGUUCGCCCGCGACUUCGGCGACGAGAAGAACGAUCUCAUCAACUGUAUGACGGGCAACCUGGUGCCGAAUCAGCCGAUGCGCAAAUUCUGGGAGGGAUUCGAGCACUUCUCCAAACGGCUCAAGGACGAGCGGGGCAACCCUAUGCUGCUGAAACUCAAGGACUGGCCGCCCGGCGAGGACUUCGCCGAGCUGCUCCCGUCGAGGUUCACGGACUUGAUGAAGGUCUUACCCUUGUCCGAGUACACCCACAGAAACGGCAGGCUGAAUCUAGCGAGCCGAUUACCCAAUUGCUUCGUGAGACCGGACCUGGGACCGAAAAUGUACAACGCCUACGGUUCCGCGCUUCAUCCCAACAAGGGCACGACCAAUCUCCAUCUGGAUAUCUCGGAUGCCGUGAACGUCAUGGUGUACGUGGGUAUCCCGAAGGACGCCGACAGUGACGAACACAUCAAAGAGGCGUUGAGAGCGAUAGAUGAAGCAGGCUGUGAUAUUUUGACGCGUCGUCGCGUUCGCGACCGCGGCGAGGCGCCCGGCGCGCUGUGGCAUAUUUACGCGGCGCGUGACGCCGACAAAAUUCGAGACCUUUUGAACGCCGUUGCUCUGGAACGCGGCGCUCGCUUGGAACCACAUCACGACCCCAUCCACGACCAGAGUUGUUACCUGGACGGACCGUUGCGGGAACGAUUGUAUCGGGAAUACGGUGUCGAGGGAUACGCCAUCGUCCAAUGCCUAGGCGACGCGGUAUUCGUGCCGGCUGGCGCGCCGCAUCAGGUUCGCAAUCUUCACAAUUGCAUCAAGGUGGCCGAGGAUUUCGUGUCGCCGGAGAAUGUCUCGCAUUGCUUCCACCUGACUCAGGAGUUCCGCGCGUUAUCCGACACGCACACCAAUCACGAGGACAAGCUGCAGAUCAAGAACAUCAUAUACCACGCGGUGAAGGAUUCGCUGACCGUCUUAGCGAAUGUCAAGGAAGAGACCCUCACCAAGCUCAACGAUACGAAGAUAAAAGAGGAAACGUAGCCCUAGGCCCCCGCAAUACGGUAAGACCCGUGGAUGAUGAUCUAUGGAAUAAAUUUCGUCGUUGCCGCGACGAAACCGAUGACAUCCCGUUGCCGCGCUCCUCGGCGCUCCUAAACAGCGGAGAAUCUUGCUGGCAAGAAUAACCGGGAGAAACUGCAGAAGACGACCCCUCCUUCCCCUCCGCGAAGAAAUCAUCUCGCGGAGGUGCGUCGUUGAGGUAAAGAAUUUGUUGUGAUAUUUGACCAGAAACCGUUUUGGGGGAAAAAAAUGUUAUAAUUUGCGAUAUCGCCUGAGCCAGUAUUUGGUUGUUUGUUUUUUUUUCCUUUUUGUUUAUUUUUUUUUUUUUCGGACCGUCUCUCGCGCAGAGUCCGUUUUUUGCUCUCCCGUUUCACGGGCAAAAGGCCGCCCGCGGACAUGAAGUCCGACGAGCUAUAUGAGAUAUGUGAGAGAUGAGGAAAAGGGGAGGAGGAAAGAUUUGUGGGCCGGAUCGCGCGAUAAGUAAACGCCGCGUCCAUUUACUAUUGUGAUACAAGGAGGACUUUGUGGAUCGUACGUUAUUUGUAAUUAAUUAUAUCGUGCCUGUAUCCGACACACACACACACACACACACAUACACACUGUCUAUAUUAU